AUGACUGCCCAUCACCUUGACGAAAAGUCUGCCCAAGAGUGGGAAGAGAGUAUCGAUCAUACUACAGCGAUCUCUCUAGCUGCGAGUUAUGUCCCCGGAUCACCGGAGGAGAAGAGGUUACUGCGCAAACUUGACUUUCGCAUCAUCCCUUGUUGUUGGAUUCUUUUUGUUUUGGGCUAUCUAGACCGCGCAAAUAUCGGUAAUGCCAAAACCGGCGGCUUGGAAGAUGACUUCCAUCUAACAUCAAAUCAAUACUCCGUCAUUCUCUUACUCUUCUUCGUGUCCUAUGUCAUUUUCGAGGUUCCCUCCAACAUGAUAAUCGCCCGCGUGCGACCAUCGUUAUAUCUCUGCGGUCUGGCGCUGUUGUGGGGGGUAGUUGCUGCAUCAAUGGCCGCGACGAAGAACUGGAAACAACUCGCCGCUGUGAGAUUUGUUUUGGGGUUUGUUGAGUCGGGGUUCGCUCCUGGUAUUGCAUUUUACCUUUCCUCUUGGUAUCGACGAUAUGAGCUUGCGAGUCGUUUUGCAAUCUAUUAUACCUCUGUGGCCGUGGCUGGAGGUUUGUCGGGGUUACUCGCCGGUGUUAUCACGGAAUAUCUGGACGGAGCACGAGGGAUUGAUGGGUGGAGAUGGUUAUUUAUAAUCGAAGGUUGCGGAUCCUCUUUUGUUGGCUGUAUUCUUUGGUUCUUCAUGGCAGACUACCCAUCCAACACGCGUUGGCUCACGCCAGAAGAGCAACUUCUCGCCAGCCAACGUCUUGCGUAUGACGGUUUAGGCAACACACAAGGCGCCCACGGAAGAGUCUCUGAGAAGGAAGCUCUGAAGAUGGUCGUAAAAGACUGGAGAACUUGGACGCUCGCCCUGCUCUAUGCCCUUGUUACCGGAGCACAGACAAUCCAGUACUUUAUCCCGACGCUCGUCAAGAGUUUUGGGUGGGAGAACUGGGAGGGACAAUAUCAUACCAUUCCACCAUACGCAUGCGCUGUAGUGUUCAUAUUAGUCUUCUGCUUCGUCGCAGAUCACUUCAAGAAUAAGGCCUACUUCAUCUCCUUGUUCUCCGGAAUCGGGACGAUAUCCUUCAUCGUCGUCUGUGCGAAUAGUAAUGACACCGUCCGCUAUAUCUUCACCACUUUCGCCUUCGGCUGUAUCUACGGCACAUCUCCUCUUGUCUUGAUGUGGGUUGCGAAUAUAAUCUGCUACCCCGCCGAGAAGCGCGCAGUAGCAAUUGGUUUGGUUAAUGCGCUUGGAAACACUGCUUCCAUUUAUGGUGUUUUUCUCUGGCCAGACCAUGAUGCGCCCCGGUAUAUUCCCGGAUUCAGUGCGACGACUGUUUGGAUGGGUGCUAUAUGUGUCGUUUCACUGAUUGCUGGAUAUUUGUUUAAGAAAUACCCCAUUGAAGCGCCGGAGCCGGAGGAGGUGGUUGCUGCGGAGGUUCGGAGACAAAGGGAGAGAGGGCAGGUCCCGACAAAGGCGUAG